CCCUCUGAACAAAUUACAGCAGCAAAAAAGGCAAGGUAAGGCGACCGAACCGACCCAAAUGGAAGAAAAUGCCAAAACACAAAUUAAAACUUCAUGGUUCUUUCAAAUUCUUCGAGAAAUUCAAACCCCCCUCGUUUUCUUGUUGGUUACCCACUUGAAAAUGCUUGCCAAGGACUUUUGGGUUCACCGUGUUUUUAUUUUAUUUUUUAAUUUUCUCUGGGGUUUCUGUCUUUUUAGCUGUUUAUUUUCGAUUUCACUUUCUAUCUUUUUCUACAGUGUGGAUCGUUUUUCAGUGCGGUUUUACUGUUGGAUUGUGAUUUCUCUUAUGGGCUUUGAAAAUACUUAAUGCAGCUUGUUUUUCUUAGUUGCAUUGGUGAAUGCAGACCUUGUGGCUUUUCAACUCGUGGGGUUCUAAAUUUAGAGUAAAUUUUAGAGGUAAUGAUGUUUGGUGGCUGAGAAAAUGCGAGAAAGUGAAAGAAAAACACUAUUUCGAGAGUUUAUUGGGCUCUAACAUCAACAAAAAAACGAAAAGAUGGGAGGAUUUGACAUCUUUUACAUUGUUCCCUGUCCUUUGGCUGCAAAUUUUAGGGCUGUUUCCCCCCUUUCUCUAAUCGUAUUAAGAAACGACCUCGUGAUCUUUCUGAAUCUUUUAUUUUGUGGGUUUAUAUUGUCUGAAUAGUCCUGUAAAAUAGAAUGAAAUUCUUUGGUGUUUUAGCUCUGGAGAAGGGUGAAUGAAGUUUUCAAUUGAAAAUGUUCGAUACAUCUCUUCUGCAGGUUUUGGGUCAUUUUCUUCUCUUGUCGUGAAGUUUAUUUUUCUAACUGCCUUUGUCCUACACUAAAACUUAAUUGUUGUUUGAUUUCCCCCGUGAUUUCGGCUGUUAUAAGCCGGUGAAAAAAAUUAAUAAAGAUUUUUCUGCCAGGAAGAUGUUUCCUUUUCAUACUGUCUUUUUCGUUUCCAACAAAAAAUUUACACUUUUAAAAGCUAAGAAAGAGGCUGAUGCUGAUGGGAAACUUGUGAUAUAGUCCAGUAACUCACCAUGUCAGCAAGGCAAACUCACCUUCCUCCUCGUCCUCGCUGCUCGAUUCAAAAGAAAACAAUUGCUGGACCAAUUAAUGGUUCCACUGCACCAACCCCUACUGUUAAUGAAUUCUCUCUGCAUCAUGAUAAUUAUUCUUCACCAAGUUCCAUGUUGGAGGAUGAGCCUGUAUGGCUCGGUGAAUUAUUAAGCGAUCGUGAACCAAAUUCCAUAGGACAACCGCUUCGACGCUCAGCUAGUGACUCAGUCACCCUUCUGGAUGGUCUUGCAGACUCGUUGAGGAGUCUGUGUAUUGCUAAAGAUGUGGAGAAUUCAGUUAGCAACGAAACUUGUGAACAAUGGGAUCCAUCUUGCACUUAUGGCCCUAACUCACCUAGGAGAAAAUGCAGUUCAGACUUUUCAAACUACAGUAUGGUUUCAGCAUUAUCAGAAUUUGUUCGUCUUCACCAUGCUGCUCCAGUGCACGCAGAUGUUUGUUCCCUUGCCGAGAAGUCUUCUUCAAAUUCAAAUGGAAACAUUAGCGAAUCAGUUAGGGAUGUCAACUCAGAUGAAAAUGCAGCAAAACGGCACAAUGGGCAGCGGUCAAGGGUUCGUAAGCUUCAGUACAUUGCUGAACUGGAGAGGAAGGUUAAUGUUCUCCAGACAGUAGAAUCACAGCUGGCAAUUAGAGUUGCCUCACUGCUUCAGGAACGGGUGGCUUUAUCAAUGGAGAAUAGCCAAUUAAAGCAGCAGGUUGCAAGAGUUCGACGAGAAAAAUUGACUUCAGAAGAAUAUAAAAGGCAAGGAGGAUUUUCUUUUAUCCUCCCAAAGCCUGCAGCCUAGAAUUACAAGGCAUGGCAUGGGGUACCAUUUCAGUGUUUGUCACAUAGCAUAAAGUUAAAGAGACUUACAAGAGGGUCCAGGAAAUGACAUAAUAUCUGUUACUUUAGUAAUAGAGAUUCCUUUCAAUGCAUUGAAUCUCGUAAAGAAGAAAUUGAUAAGGUAAGGCGAGUUUUAAAAAAUGGCCUCUCUAUUCUUCCUACUCCUCCUCCCCUUUGUUUUUCUAAUACUCCCUCCACUCCUUUGCUUUUUUUUUUUGGUCCUUCGUUCCUGAGAUAUUGUCUAAUUUUGAUUGGACGGUUGGAAGUAUUCUGUCCAUAGUAAGUACAUGGUUGAGAAAAACAGCUGUACGUUUGAUGUUAGAUAUAGAGGCAGCAGGGUGAGGUUCCUACAUCUUAGAAGCAACUUUCCAUUUUAUUCUUAUAGAUCCUUAGCCUAGUUUACUGGUUGCUUUAAGAAUGCUAUCAGUAUUCUCAAAGCGAUUAACUUCUUUAGGGAACCCUGGACCAUGCUAUGUGGUUUGAGGGAGCUUUUAACAAUCGGGCACCUGCCAGUUAAUUGCAGUCUUCAAUUUGAACAAGAGUGAAAGGAAAGAAUCUUUUUUAUUAGCUGCUGUUAUGACCCUACUUCUAAGGUCUUGGGCCUCCAAUCUUUUUUCUAGCAAAUCAAUCACUGGAACCAUGAGACGCAUCAAUCAACUGACAAGUGAUGUUCCAUUUGCUGAUGUUGGAUUGAGAAAUAGAAAAUUCACCUGGUCAAAUUUGAGAAUAAAGGUGAUAAUUCAAUUCUAGAUUCUUAAUGACUGAUGAUUGGGUUUUAAGAUAUCCAUCCCCAAAAGAUUAAUCCCACUCCACAAAGAAAUAUUUUGUUCUUGAAAUUGCCUUGAACACAUUGCACUCUAGCAACAUGGCUUUACUUCUAGAAGGUGCUUAGCAAGCUACUGAAAAAGUGAGAUCCCAACCCAAAGUGGAAGAACAAAGUUGCCUCCAAAACCUCCCGACAUCUUCCGGUAUUACCAAGUGAAAGGACAUCGAAAAGAAGUGGGUCAGUGCUCAUAUUGUGGUUUGCACCAUCUGUACCCCUAGAAUGAGUAUGAAAAGGGGGAAAUGGGGGUACCUUUUUCAGCACGCUUUCUAUCGUGUUGAUGCUUCUAUGAAUUGAAGGCGAAGAAAGAAUUUAUACCUUCUUCCAUUACCUAACUUUCUAAACCAACUUUACUUGGGGGAGAAGGAAUAUCAACUUUGAUAGCUGACGCAUAAAAAAAAAAAGUA